UCAUCCCCCAUCCCCUCAUCUCAUAUCGAAACAGUUUCUCCCCAAAGUCCUGGUUCCAUUGCUCCGGGUUGCUUCUGCUGCAGAUCACAUCCAAGGCCGUUUGUUUCUUGAUCUCUAUCGCCCAAAAAUCAGAUUUGUCUUGGUCGCAACAAACGCAAAACGGAGCAAGUCGUUGUAUCGACAAACGAAUUCUCCACUACAAGCGGAACCACGUUUACGGCACGUUGACUUAACCAUUCCCACUCUAUCUGGGACCAAUUCGCUGUGUCAUCGUCAUAUUAAACUUGAGAAGGAACAUCUAUUGUAUUCUCGCUGCUGUGCCUUCCACGUUUGAUCUUAGCUGAACCUGAACUUCCCCUGGAUCCAAUCACCAACGGGAACAAGUUAUCGAGGCCGUACUUUCCCAUUCACACUCUACCUCGGUCCACGCGAUUACUACUAGCUGCCUUACCUGACCUUUUAUCAGUCAUCGUCGAUUGGGUCACUGUCAUUCUACUUUGUUCCCCAUUUCAUGUGUCUGCAGUAUUGGAGCUUCAUCAUACCUGAUCAUUUUCAAGCUCUUGUCGUUCCCGGACCUUGAUUUGUUCGCUCAGUACCAGUCGUACUCAAUUCACACCGCCCAACUUACACCCCAACUACCUAAUCAAGAUGCCUUCUCGAACCAACGGCGUCGGUGUCCAGGCCGAAGAUACCAGGAUCUGUGUGGUCAUGGUCGGUCUCCCAGCCAGAGGCAAGAGUUAUAUCGCCCAACGAGCCCAGCGAUAUCUUCAAUGGCUCUCCAUCCCAGCUCAAACAUUCAACGUCGGUAACUACCGCCGCAAUGACGCUCCCCAGCCCACGGCCGACUUUUUCGACAUCAACAACCCUGAAGGAGAGCGCACUCGUCGCGCCGCCGCCGAAGCUGCUGUUGCAGACAUGCUAGCCUGGUUCCGCUCUGGCGGUAUUGUCGGUAUACUCGAUGCUACCAACUCGACUUUGGAGCGUCGCAAGUGGGUUCUGGAGGUUUGCAAUGAGAAUGGAAUUGAGGUUCUUUUCGUUGAGAGCAAGUGCGACGAUGAGGAGCUCAUCAUGGCCAACAUUCGCGAUGUCAAGACUACCAGCCCAGACUAUCGCGGCCAGGACCCUGAGACUGCCGCCCUUGAUUUCCGCAACCGUAUUCGUAAUUAUGAGAAGGUGUACUGCACCAUCGACGCCGAGGGCAAGGAGUCGCAUUUGACUUACCUGAAGAUCAUGGAUGUUGGCAAGCAAGUCAUCAUUAGCCGAAUCCGGGAUUAUCUCCAAAGCCGAAUCGUCUACUACCUCAUGAACCUCCACAUCCGCCCUCGCUCUGUUUGGCUGUCAAGGCACGGCGAAUCGUUGUACAACAUCGAUGGCAGAAUUGGUGGUGAUACUCUUCUUUCUCCCCGUGGCGAGCAAUACGCCAGAAAGCUACCUGAGCUUGUCCGAAAAUCAGUCGGUGAUGAUCGCCCACUUACAGUAUGGACGUCGACCUUGCGGCGAACGAUUGCCACAUCUCGCUUCCUUCCUGACCACUACAAUCAACUACAGUGGAAGGCACUUGAUGAGCUUGACUCCGGUGUAUGUGACGGCUUGACCUACCAGGAAAUCAAGGACCGAUAUCCUGAGGACUUUGCCGCACGUGACGAAGACAAGUACAACUACCGCUACCGUGGCGGAGAGUCAUAUCGCGACGUUGUCAUCCGUCUCGAGCCUAUCAUCAUGGAGCUUGAACGCAGCGAGGACAUCCUUAUUGUCACUCACCAGGCCGUGCUUCGAUGUAUCUAUGCAUACUUCAUGAAGAAGGACCAGUCCAAGAGCCCUUGGAUGAAUGUCCCUCUCCACACACUGAUCAAACUCACACCUGGCGCCUAUGGUACCGAGGAAGUCCGCUACGAGGCUAACAUCCCUGCCGUCAGCACAUGGAGAGGUAAGGGUAGUACCGCUAAGCACGAGAACCCGGCUCCUGGUGUCAUGUAAUCAAUGUUACAGUAUCAGUGACGAAGCCAGGUAGAAGCUAUAUUUCAGAGCCACAUAGUUUCGCGACGCUCAGGGAAAAGCUUUUUUAUGAUUUGGAACGAGCACGCAUCUGGAACAAAUUUGGGAGCAUGACGAAACGACAAAGCAUCUUUUGGGAACAUUCUAUGACUAUUUGCUAUAAGGGGGGAGCUUGAACGAUAUCUGCCAGGACCAAGUAUUCGGAAACAAAAACAUAAGUGGCAUAGGGUCAUGAAGACACGACGAAAGGAUUUGGGCAUGGCUCUGUACAGGAUUAACGGCGUUCUUUUGCUAUUUGUCUAAUAGCGGAUCAGGCUGGACAAUAACCAGCGUACAAACAAUGAUAUCAAAAAACAUGAUAACUGCAGUCUAAAAAGGC